AUGCUCGUGCUAUACGAGACUGCAAUGGGCUACUGCCUGUUCAAGGUUACCGACACGGCGAAAAUCGAGAGCGCGGACCUUUGGAAAGAGUUUCAGACUCCAGAGACUGCCAGCAGACUACUAAAACUGAAGGCUCUCCAUCGUUUCACGUCGACUGCUACAGCUGUUGAAGAUAUCACCUCACUACAACAGGGAAAGCUUGGGAAGGGUCUCAAGCAAUUUUUGACGGAAGAGGUUCUGGAUAAAGGGAAAGGGAAGGAAGCUUUGGUUGUUAUUGACCCCCAUCUCGGUCGCGCAAUCACCAAGAAACUUAGCAUCAAUGUCAAUGCUAUGGCCGAGGGCUCGCAUGGUGAUCUUUGGCGUGGAAUUCGAAGUCAAAUCACGGCUCUCCUUGAGGGUUUGGAUCCUAAAGAUUUGGCUACCAUGAGUUUGGGUCUCAGUCAUUCACUGGCUCGAUUUAAACUCAAGUUUUCACCUGACAAAGUUGACACGAUGGUUGUCCAAGCCAUUGCUCUCCUCGACGAUCUAGACAAGGAGAUCAACAUAUACGCCAUGAGAGUAAAAGAAUGGUACGGCUGGCAUUUCCCAGAGAUGGCCAAGAUAAUCGUAGACAAUGUUGCUUACGCCAAAACUAUAAAACUUAUGGGCUUCCGAACAAACGCCUCAUCAACAGAUUUUGCUUCAAUUCUUCCUGAAGAUCUCGAAGCCGUGCUUAAAGCCGCCGCCGAAAUCUCCAUGGGUACAGAAAUUUCAGACUCUGACAUUGCCCAUAUCCAUUCCCUCUGCGACCAAGUUAUCUCCAUAUCCGAAUACCGCGCACAACUUGCGGAGUACCUCCGCAAUCGUAUGAAUGCAAUUGCCCCCAACCUAACAGCUCUGGUAGGAGAGCUUGUCGGCGCCCGUCUUAUAAGCCACGCCGGUAGCCUGCUUAACCUUGCUAAGCAUCCUGCCAGUACCAUUCAGAUCCUCGGCGCUGAAAAGGCUCUUUUCCGCGCCUUGAAAACCAAACACGAUACCCCCAAAUAUGGUCUCAUUUACCACGCUUCGCUUAUUGGCCAAGCACCACCCAAACUAAAGGGGAAGAUGGCUCGCAUGGUCGCCACAAAGGCUGCCCUGUCCAUUCGUGUGGAUGCCCUCACAGACGCUGACGGCAAGUCAGAUGAGAUGGCUUCCUCAAUAGGCAUCGACAACCGCACUAAGCUUGAAUCUCGUCUCCGCGCACUGGAGCAUCAAAGUGAAGGCGGUGCUGUCCGUCGCUUCGCCGACUCUGGCAAAAAGCAGCAACGCUUCGAAAUGACCGGAGAAACAAAGACCUACAAUGCCCAAGCUGAUCAGGUCGACUUGGUUUCGACGCAACGUGACGAUCCUAUGGAGGCUGCGGUCAAGGCUGUGCUCGACGUUAAGGAGGAGAAGCGAAAGGCGAAGGAAGAGAAGAAGGCGAAGAAACGCGCUGAAAAGGAGAAGAAUGCAGAUUCGGAUGCUAUGGCCGUUGAUGAGGACGAAGAGGGUGACAAAUCCAAGAAGGAAAAGAAAGAUAAGAAGCGUAAAAGACGAGAAAGCGAGGCUAAUGGAGCUGGUCCUAUGGAUGAAGAUGAGCCUGAGCAGCCUAAGACAGAGGAAGAAAAGAAGGCUAAGAAAAAGGCCAAGAAGGAGGCCAAAGCCGCUGCUGCCAAUGGCUCAGAGUCACCGAAGAAAAAGAAAAAGAAAUCUGACUAG